CGCACCAUCAUUGGAGCCAACACCACUGGCAACCCCUGGAAAGAUAAAUGUCAUUAGAAGCACCAGGUUCAUGGACGAUUUAGGAAAAGAAAUAAAGCUGUACCGGACUCGCAGCCUGCAGAAGCGAGGGGCGUUAGUUUUGUUCAGCUACUCCGAGUUCACCACCGGGGAAAACUUCAGGGACAUUGCUAGCGACAGCAAGAUGUUGCUGGAUCUGUUCAGGCAGAUCGGCUUUAGGCUCAACCUGUCCUACGAGAACAAAACUAAACGGGAAACAUUGGACUUAAUAAAGGGCCUCAAGCUGGCAGGAUUCGAGUGUGUUUUCUGCGUGUUUUCGUCCCACGGGUACGGCCGGGACGGCAUGUGGGACACCGAGAUCCGCUGCACGGACGGCGGCCUGAUCUCUUCCCAUGAAAUUGUAGACCUCUUCAACAGUGAAAACCACCCGACGCUGGACGGGGUACCUAAGGUGUUCAUAUUUCAGGCAUGCCGCGGUAAGAAAUUGCCGCCGGAGCUGCAGGGAGUGAUAACGGACGUCUCAAACUUUAACGAUGCUACCGAGGCGCGUGACUCCCGCAGCCGCGGACGGAGCUACUCCGAUAUACUCAUCGCACACUCCACGCUGCCAGGUUUCGUCUCACCCCGCAACGAGGGUGACAACAGUGGCUCCUGGUACAAGCAAGCGCUGUGCUCGGUAUUCGCCGCGCACGCGCACGACCACCACGUGCUCGAGCUCUUCCAACUAGUCGACGAGGCGCUCAAGCGACGUUGCCACGCCGCUACCACCACUGUUGAGAGCUGGGGCUUCAACAAGCAUCUCUACUUGCAUCCUGGCUUGACUGAAGACGCCAAUGGGAAUCCUAAACCCAUGUAAAGUUCAAAAGACCAGUUUGCUCAAGCGACGUUGCCACGCCGCUACCACCACUGUUGAGAGCUGGGGCUUCAACAAGCAUCUCUACUUGCAUCCUGGCUUGGCAGAAGACUCCAA